AUGAACGUGAAAGAAUUGGGAACUAAGGAACUCCUUCCAUCAUAUAGGGAUCCAAAUUUACAGCUUAAAGAUCUACCAACGGGUUCAGCCAUACCACUAUCCAAGCAACUACUAGACCUCAAGCAAUACACAGGGAAGCUAAAAGAAUUGGUGGGAGAAGAGAGAACAAACUUCACUUUAGCCAAUGGUGUAACUUUUGUGGUAGCGAGUAGCAAUGAUAUUGGCACCAACUAUUUCGUUACUGGACUUAGGAGAUGGGAUUAUGAUAUUCCUUCUUACACUGAUUUUUUGGUCAAGUCGGCUUCUAAUUUCGUCAAGGAAUUAUAUGGGUUGGGAGUACGAAGAAUUAGUGUUUUCAGCGCACCACCACUUGGAUGUGUGCCAGCAGUGCGAACUUUGGUUGGGGGCUUAAGAAAAGGAUGCGUCUAUGAGCCAAACGAAGCAGCAAAAUCAUUCAAUGCUAAAUUGUCUGCAGAGCUGGGUAACCGUAACAACACUGUGCCUCACUCAAGGGUGGUCUAUAUUGAUGUCUACAACCCUUUACUCCACCUUAUAGAAAAUCCCAAAAAAUAUGGCUUGGAGAUUGCAGAUAAAGGGUGCUGUGGUACGGGGACCGUGGAAGUAGUUUUGCUAUGUAACCAAUGUUAUCAUCCUACAGAAAAAGCGUACAAGAUACUUGCCAAUCAGCUCCUCGGAAAAUAUGUCAACAACAGCUUCCUUUGA